AUGACAGACACACGUUCGCCCACUCCGCAUACAUUAGUAUCGGAACCACUCGUUACCGACGCACCGAUUUCUGGCACUUCGCCUGCUAUCUGCUCGGAAACGUCGCACGUUCAUCAUUCACCUCAAGAUCCAUUACAAAUUAUUCUCCAACGAAUGGCAGAACAAACGCAAGUGAUGAAUGAAAAAUUCGAGCAAAUAUCAAAACUGCAACAAGAACAAGCAGGAAGGAUGGACGAACAAUCGUUAAGACAGGAAGAAAUAAUUCGGACGAUAAAAGAAAUAGAAGGGAAAAUAACUCCACCACAGUCUGCUGCAAAUUCACGACCCCAUUCUCGUGG